AUGGAGCUCAGCAUGGAGCACCUCCACAGCAUCUCCUCCCACUCCCAAGUGGGGGACCUCCUGAGCUCGCCUCCCCCCAGCUCUGCUCCACGGAACCUGCUGGCGCACGGCCCCGCCACGGUCUCUGGCGCGACCCCCAUCCUGGAGGGCUCGGGCGGGGACUACAGGAGUGAUGUGUCUGGACACCUGCACCCGUCCAUCAGCAUGUGUGAGAGCAGCACCUACACCACCCUGGCCCCGCUGCAGCACCACCUGCCUCCCAUGUCCACGGAGAAGUUCCACUCGCACCAGCGACUCUCCCCCGGGAACGUCAGCGGCAGCUUCACGCUGAUGCGGGAGGACCACCUGGCCCCCCUCUACAAUCACUACCCCAAAGACAUGGGCCACGGCUCUUUGCACCACCCCCAGCAGUCCUACGCUCCCAGCACCCACCUCUCUGCCGAGGCCAAGAUGCUUUCUCCGGUGUCAGGGUUCCAGUCUCACGCCUCCAUGUUGUCCCGGAGCGAACACGAGCACCUGGCCAGGAGUUUAGGCAACCACGGCCACAGCGUGAUGCACCACCACCACCACCACCCGCACAGCCACCUCCACUCUCAGCCUGGCGUGAUGCUGGGGGAGCACGGCCACACCAGCGGGCAAGGGGUGGCGGGCUCGGGGAUCCAGGCGGAGGAAAUCAACACCAAGGAAGUGGCUCAGAGAAUAACGUCCGAAUUGAAAAGAUAUUCCAUCCCGCAGGCCAUCUUCGCCCAGAGGAUCUUGAGCCGCUCGCAGGGGACUCUUUCGGACCUGCUGCGGAACCCCAAACCCUGGAGUAAGCUUAAAUCCGGCCGGGAGACCUUCAGGAGGAUGUGGAAGUGGCUGCAGGAGCCAGAGUUCCAGAGGAUGUCGGCCCUGAGGUUGGCCGCAUGUAAACGUAAGGAGGAGGAGCGAGGACGAGAGCGCCACCAGGUGCCAAAGAAGCAGCGACUGGUCUUCACAGACCUGCAGCGUCGUACCUUGGUAGCCAUCUUCAGAGAGAACCGCCGGCCCUCCAAGGAGAUGCAGAUCACCAUCUCCCACCAGCUGGGCCUGGAACUCUCCACCGUCUCCAACUUCUUCAUGAACUCACGCCGCCGCUGCCCGGACCGCUGGGACGUGGAGGAGCACGGUCACGGUCACGGCCACCCCGGUACCUCCUCGCUCGCCACUUUCUCCAAGGCCUGA